CCCAACGAGUGAAGAGGAUUAAACCCAAGCAAAAGGCCAAGAACGGAAGCGUGCAAAUGCGAGAGGAAUGCAUAAACAGCACUGCAAACUUUUCUGCGACUGCCUUGAGAUAAGAAUUGUCAUAACGGAUUUCAAAGUUCUGAUGUUAUAAGCGAGUGCUAUUGGGCUUGGAGUUUGACAGACGUUCUGCAGAAAGCUUGCAGCAGUUCCUGUCUUGAGUAAACAAACCGAGGCAUCAGAAAAAAAAAACAUGAAAGCUCGCUAACACCACCAAAAUGUCUGGCUGUGUUAAUUAGCCAUUUCUUAAUUACUUUGGCGUCAGAAUUCUUUCACUCGCGGUAUCCCAAACUUUGAAGGAUUUGCUAAACUUCUUUUUUUUUUUUUAACACUUUUUAAACUGAAAAAUGGACAAAGUGGAGGAUUUCUUCAAGCAGCUGUGGAGUUUCGUGACAGACAAACACAACCAGGGUGUGUUUAACAGCGUGUGCCUGGUCGUCCUGCUCACCUUACCCCUCCUCGUCAUCCUCACCACCUUCAUCGUGUGCUGCCACUGUUGCUGCUGUCGCCAUGCCGACGGAUGCUGCCGCCGCUGCUGCUGUUGUCGUCGGGGCUCCAUGGCAACGACGAGGUCAGAGACGAAAAAGAAGAAAAACUCGACAAACCCGGACGACUUGUGGAUUUCAGUAAAACCUGGGGCGAUGACGGCUGAUAGAGUAGCACUGGGAAUGGUGUAAGGACAUGGAAGGCACCGUGUACACAAUCAUUUGUAUUCAGAGCGCGGUAUGUUUUGUGGCAGUGUUUACAAAAUGUGAUGUAUUCAGCGUAUGGUACAUGAGGAAUUUGCUGACACAAGCAGAAACCUGUCAGUGAGAAUGUGUGAGUGUGUGACGCGGGCUGCUGUCAGGGGAACAAAAAACACUGUGCUCUUACUGUGUGCUGCGGUGGACACAAAUGUACCGGUUUGGACAGAUCAGAACAGCAAAAAAAUCAUAAAUUAUACUGAAUCUACUGAGAGGAACAUGUUAUUUUCACACAGAGCUACAAAUAAUACAAAAUAAUAAUAGUUUUUAAUGUUCCAAUCGAGGAAUUAGGACCGUGAGUUUCAGAAUUAAGGAAAUCUAGGACCAUAGCAAUUAACUAUUUCAAGCAAAUGGUGAAAAGUUAAUUCAAAAGUCCAUUCAAAGACAUAGUGUGAGAAGCCUGGACUAGAGUUGCUGCUCAUGCAUCUGUUCCGAUUGCCUCCUGGACGCCUCCCUGAAGAGGUAAUCCAGAAAAAGUCCCACCGGGGAAGGCCCUGGAGCCACGCUGGUCUCUCAGCUGGUCUGGGAACGCCUCAGGAUCCCGAUGGAAGAGCUGGAAGAAAUGAGUGUGGAAAGGAAAGCGUGGGCCUCUCUGCUCAGACUGCUGCCUCCACGACCCACGAAGAUGGAUGGAAAUCGUUUCAUAAUCUUGUCUGUAAACAGGAAGCUCAAACCCACAAAUUAAUUUCCGUAGAUUUAUUUUUGCCUCAUUUUUAAAUCUAAUCAUCCCGGUUGUAGUUUUUGCAGUUUGUUCUAUUAAAUGGCCCUUUUUAUGAACAAGUUAGACAUAUUUUCCAUAUUUGAGACUAUUUAAAAUGAACAUCCAGCUCGUAGCGCGUGACUGCAGGCCUGGUGUGAAUGUAAGCGCUGAAGUCUGCAGAGGCUCUUGUUCCUGCGGCGCUUGUGUGAGACUCACUUUGUGUUAGAGCUAGAGUUAUUUAAGGACAAUCUAGAUGUGAUAAGACUGUAAGACCGCUGCACUCCACAUCGCUGCUGAUCGACCGAGAAGGAUUCAAGUCACAGCCUCACGCCGAGAAACUCAAAACUCCACGCACAACUUUAGGAUUGGACUUUUCUACACGGGGAAAAUCAUACGCUGGCAUGUUCACUUCUGCUGUAUUUAGGGUUCACUGGUGCUGCUAUGACUGUGCGCAAAUGCAGUGUUUUCCAUUAAUAUCGUUGAGUACGGUGGCCUCGCAUAGUCAAAAACAAGCCAAACUAGCUUUACACAUUUUAAUAUGGAAGUACAGUUUUAUUUAUAUGUUCUUUUUCAUUAGUAGAAGCAAUUAAUAACAUUGAAAACUCCAAAAUUGUUCAAAAAGUGUUGCCUUUGCCACUAUAAUCUCAAUAUAAACCUGUGGGAAACACUGCAAAUCACUGAUCUGUAAAUUCGUUUCAAAACUUUUUCUUGUGCAAUAGAUCCUUUCCAAGUUAUAUCUGAUGCAGUUUCUCAAUAUUACAGUGAUUUCACAAUUUUUCUCAGUGUCUCGUAUCAUUUUUCUCAUGAUGUACAAGCAGCAGGUUGAAUAAUGACCCUCUGACUUUAAACAGCACAUCAUUGUAUUUGUCCUUGUUCAGAUAAUAUUGAGUUGAGAGCCCGUAUUAUAGUUCCAUUCACACAUGUUUAACACACAAACCCUGCAUAUUGAAGCUGAGCUCUUCUCUCAAACAGAAAACGCUCUGUUCCACCUUGUGAUGUCAUCGUGUGGUGAUACAGGAAGUGCUGCACUGUGUUUUUAAACUCCACACACCUUCACUGGAAUCAUUUUGAAGACGCCAGCCCUGGGAAUACUAAUCUCUACUGAACUAAAGGUAAAAUGUAGCUGUUAACUUGAAAACUACCAUUUCAUGACAUCACACGGUGGAACAGAGCAUUUUGAGUUUUGGAGAUGUGGACAGACAGAUUAUAAAUGUGUGAAUGAACAAAACAAAACACACAAAAACACAUCUCCAGGUAUGUUUUUUUUAUGCAGAAACAACAUUAUAACAUGCU